AUGGGCUUCGCUGUUGUGCUUGAAGGGGCAAAAAGUAAAUUAGAGAAUCACCAGAGUGUUAUUCAGAACUCACGCAGUCUCAGCGAACCCUUGCAGAUGAACUGUAUGCCAGUAGCUUUGCGGUUAAAUAUGUCUUUUGCUUUUAAAAAACGCAACCUGAUAUCGCCACGUGAUCGUGUAAAGUCGAAGAAACUUAUUCGCUAUCACGGCGCUUUUGGCUCUGGCUAUGAUAAAUACUAG